UGAGCAGAGUCUGAUAUUGUGGCUGCUUUUCGAUCCAGACUGGCGUUGUGCCCGAAUGCCUGUGGAGGGAGGAUCCCAUCGCAUCCUGCAGUUGCGUGGGCCAUGGCGAUACUGCACCCAACAGGCUGUACACUCAUGGGCCAUGGCGUGGCGUUCUCGUUUACGACGAGGCGGACCGGACGUCGGAACGAGAUGCGUGCAUCCAUCCGAUUCGAUGGGUACACGUAACGUGGCGGCAGAAUGAAGGAGCCAUGGAUCGGCCAGCUGGUGGGGUGGGGGAGGGGCGCAAAAUGGGGCACCAGACAGGACAACAUUAGCCAGCGGUGGAUCCGUCAUCGUGACUCGUGUUCCAAAACGAGGCAACGCGCCUCGAUUUAGCAGGGGAACGCGAGGCAGAGCAGGUCUAUGGCCGUCCGUCCGUCGAGGGGUGGGAGGGAACUGGAUGCAGGAACUGGGUGGGCUGGAACUCGGGAUUGAAAUUGGGCGUGCAACGGAAUCCGACAGUACAGUACAUCCCAUGGGAGGUAAAUGCGUACCACUUACAUCCCUAGUAUUAGGGCACACCGUGGCUCAGGGACGAGCUAGUACUGUACAUAGUAUGUACAGCCUGGCUCACGUUUCUGGCGGAACGGUGUAGUGUCCAACCCUACACGGAAUGUUCUGGCCUCCCACCCUCAUUUUGACACUCCCACGGACUGGAUGAUACUUCCGCUGAAGGCUCGUUCCUGAAAUUGGCAGGGUGCCAGCUGGUGUGCCGUGGUGCCUUUCCCCCGCUCAAAUCCCUUGCUAUCCUAGAACUUACCACGCUCUAGCAUACCUUCCCUGUGGGACGGACGCGUUUAGGGUUUGGCUCUCACCACCUGCGAAAGUGUGGAAAUCCUGCCUUGAUGGUCACUCCGCUGCCAGCGCUGCUGCUUCUGCUCCUUGUGGUCGCAGCACCAGCAGCACUGUCAGCAUCAGCAGCAUCAGCAGCACCAUCAGCAGCGUCAUCAUCAUCAUCAUCAGCAGCAGCAGCAGCAUCAGCAUCAUCAGCGGUGUUCACUGUGGGAGCACCGGCGCUGCACCGGCGUCACGGCCGUAGCCUGUUCAACCCAUUCUCGUGGCUCAAGCGGCCGAAGCCUCCUCCCAAGAAGGGCCCAUCCAAGCAAUCGGAAUCCGGGUGUGUGGGAGUGCAGUGCCCCGCUGGCGCUGCAUGCAGCACUGACAAGCAGAACGCCCCCUGGUGCGCUUGCAGCGGCGGGCUUGCCCUGAUCAACGGCUCAUGUGUCGCACACGUUGACUGGCAGGUUGUCGGCACAACCCUUGUCCUUUACAGCUCUCCCUCCUUCUCCUCCUCCUCCACCUCCCCCCCCGCUGUCCUCCGCGCCGCCAUGCCCAACAAGACAUGCAUCCCUGUCCCCGCCUCCCACGCGGCCAAGACUGCCUCUCUCCGCAUCCUCUGGAACGUGGAUGACAAGGCUCCCACCCACCUCGUGUGCGCGUCCGUGCUCCUCUGGGACCAGCGGGAUUGCACCGGCUCGUUUGCUGCCUGGACCAUCCCCGGGGGGUGGGCGGCUGUUAGUAGCACCAAGUUUGACUAUGCUGCCACCAGCGUACAGAGCACCACAGGGGUGGCGGCAGCAGCUCAGGCGGUGUCAUGUCUCGCGCCAGUUGAUCCGUCCAGCAGUGCCGGUUCAUCUGGCAAUUCAACUGGCGGGUCAACUGGCGGGUCAACUGGCGGGUCAACUGGAAAUUCAACUGGAGGGUCAACUGGUGGUUCAACUGGCGGAUCAACUGGCAAUUCAACUGCACCAGACCCGUGCUCGCUCGUCACAUGCCCCCCUUCCUGCAACUGCUCUGCUGUCAACGGCCUAGCCACUUGCUCUUGUGCUGAUCGCUGCUACGGCGUGAAGUGCCCCGAUACCUCGACGUGUGCGGUGGAGAACGGUACUCCGGUGUGCAAAUGUCCCGUGGCCACCCCUCACCUCAUCGGCGCCGCAUGCUCCUCUGCUGACCUACCCCACGCCGACUACCUCGACGCUCAUAACAUCGCCCGUGCUGCUGUGGGCGCCACUGCAUUGGCAUGGGAUGAUGGACUGUCCAUCAGAGCACAGGCGUGGGCGGACGCGCUGACCAACAGCACGUACAACUGCAACCUGGUGCACGGGGGGAACGCGGGGGAGGGGCAGAACCUGUCAGGGGCCAGUGCAGUGGGUUGGGCUACGAACGCCCAGGCGGUGCAGUGGUGGGUGAACGAGGGGCAGUUCUACUCGCCCGCUGCUGCUGUGUUUCCUGAUGGCUGUGCUGGGGGCGAUUGGGCCAAGUGCGGCCACUUCACCCAGUGCGGCCACUUCACCCAGGUCAUAUGGAACAACACCAAGAAGGUGGGGUGUGGGAAGGCAGCAUGUGGAACGGCCAAGGAGGUGUGGGCAUGCCAUUACAGCCCUCCGGGCAACUAUCCUGACCAGAAGCCGUAUGCCACGGACCCAUGCUUCCGAGUGCUGUGUCCCUCCACGUCCUCAUGUACGCUGGUCAAUGGAGUCAGCGCAGUCAACGGGGCUGCUGUCGUCACGGCAGCGUGUGUGUGCGAGGAGGGCAAGGUGCUGGUCAACAGCACUGAGUGCCAACCAGACCCCUGCAUAGGCCACACGUGUGCCGGCAACCUGGUGUGCAUCGGGACAACAGGCGUCGCCCAGUGUGUUUGUGGCAAGGGGCAAGUGCUGGUUGCUCCAGAUUCGUGCAUCCCCUCUGUGUGUGUGGGCGUGCAGUGCCCCUCAACUGCGCUUUGCAGGGCCAGCAGCGGCGUUCCUUUCUGCGACUGCCCAUCCUCCUACUCACUCGUCAACGGCACGUGCUUGCAAGAUUCCGUGUCUCCUGUUGUCACCACCAGCAUAGACCUCUUCCCCUCCCCCGACUUCACCACCACUUCCACCUCUCCUGCACCCGUCGUGCUGCGUGCGCCCACUCCCGGCGCCGGCUGCCUCACCAUCCCAGCACCCAUGGCGGCAGCAGUGGGGUCCCUGCAACUGCUCUGGGAUGCUCCUGAUGGAGCGCUGGGGCCGCGUGUCCCGUGCAAAACUAUGUAUUUCUGGAACCAGGCCACCUGUUGGGGCUCUGCUGCGGUUUGGACGAGGCCCACCAACAAUGUUACAUUCGCCGCAACGACGAAUGGAAAUGUUGCAGGUGUACGCUCUAUUGCAUGUCCAGCAUAGGGAAAAGCUUAAUCUGGUUUAUGGUACCGGUACAGUACAACAUAUUUGACUGACCUGGAGAUUUCCACAUGAUUUUAAUACAAAUUAGAGGUUCAGUCAGUCAGUUCUACCCAGCCCUGUUAGAGAAGCGGGAAAAAGUGUGACUAGGAAGAGGGGAGGGGAGAUACAAGAACAAAUAUUGUCCCAUUUAGAACUGAUCUAGCUAGGCUAUGAUAGACAUAUCUACCGUAUUCCCCCGUGUAUAACACCCUAG